AUGAGGCUUUUAGAGUGGGGGCAGCAGGCAGAAGCCUGUUGCAUGAACAUCUACAAAGGGUUUAGGAAACAGUAUGAGCAAGGCUUCUCCGAGAAAUCCCCACCUGCUGCGUCCCUGAACACUGUGUCCUGUUCUGAGACGCCCCCCGCCGCCCCGCAUUCCUGCCCCCACUCGGGCCUGCGCGCCUCCGCACCCCGAAGCUCCAGGUCCCCGGCUCGCCCGCCCCCUCCGGCUCGGCUCGCAGCCCGAGGGCCGCCUGCUCCCAUUUCAAAACACGAUAAUAAUAGGGACGCUGGGAAUAACAACUACCACCAGCCCGGCGACGGCGCCCCUCCCGAGGGUCAGAGGCCCGCCCUCGAUCCUCACGACCGCCCCAGCCCGCCCGGGAGCCCUUCCUUAGCCUCUGACGGCCGCCCGAACCCCGGGACGCCCCGAGGCUGGCCUCGGAGCCCGCCCUCGGCCCCUCAUGGCCGCUCGCAGGACCCCCGCGGCCCACCGACCAGCCUCUCGCGGCGCACGGCCCGCCCCGGGGCACCCGCGGCGUCGGGCAGCGGAGAAGGCCUGCAGGCCGCAAGGCCGCAGGAACGCCCGACGCCCUCACCGACCACCACCCCCAGGUCGUCUGCGCCUCUCACCGGGCUCCGAGGGCGACGCGGCUCCGCGGCGGAACGGCGGCAGGGCGCGGGCGCUGCCCAUGCAGCCCGCGGCCGCGUUUCCCGGGCCGCGCGGCCCGGGCGGGAAGGCGGCGUCGGCGCGCGGGCUGUAGGCUGCGGCGAGUGCGGGGCCGGCGGGAUGCAAGCCCGCCCUCAGUGUGCAGAAGCUCACGCGGGGCCGCGGCGCUCGCGCGGACGCUACUGCGGGGGCGUCUGGCCGCGGACUCCGCCGCGGCGCCUCCCCGGCUGGGGCCCUCGGUCCAUCGCGCUCUGUCGCGGGCGGCCUCUGGCUCCAGGACCCAGCGGUGGCUGCGGCGGGCGCCGGCCGCAUGAGAGCCUCCCGCCCAUUGGCUCGCCGUAUCCGCCACCGCCAUUGGCCCGCCCCGCAGAGCGGCAGGGGCCGCUUACGUCACGUCGGAGAGGAAAUGCGAUGCCGGGGUGAAAGGGCUCAGACGGCCUGACGGCUUCCGUAACGGGCAUGGGGCGGGACUACGGAGACGUCCCGGAAAGAUUGGCAUCGGUGCUUACGAGACGCAGGCGGAAAAAGCAGCUAGAUUGGCUGCCCUCCCUGUCACGGAAUACCACGAUUGGCCGUACCCAGUGCCGGAAGUGAUGAGACGCGGUCUGGAAACAAGGUUGUUGCCGAAGGUUAGAGAUGUGUUGUGCUGGCUGGCCUUGUGCUGCGGUCGCGAGGUCGUAUGUCGCCUGCAAGCCUGUGUGAGCUUCGAGAAAAUGCGCCUCUAGCCGGCAGGAGGCUCUUGAAGUAGCAAAGACAGCUGCGAUGCCGCGAGGAAGAACGCGGCUCUAGGCUCUUCCCUGGAGGAGUUCCUGGACGGCGCUUCGCUCUGAGUCCCGGGAGCCACGUUAGCAACCGGGAUGUGGACUAAUUUGCUGUCGGCGCUUCGGACCACAGGUUACAGUUGGUUGGAGCAGAGCAAAGGUUGAGAUCUGUGCUGCCACCACUCACAGCCACAUCUUCACUCGGAACAAAGUCCAGAUUGCCAUGUGCCACAAUGGUAAAAACAGGCCUGGGAUUUCAAAAUCUUAGGACCAAGAACAGACCUAAACCAUCUCACAAGAAAACAACGUAAACGUCUAACAUGUCGACAUAGUGCUUUAGAUAUGUUACUUUGAAUAAAACAUACUAUUGAAAUUA